CGCUGGAAAGAUUGACGAUACAAAAGCGGGUGUUCUCAUCCAGGUGAACGAAUUUGUGUUCACGGCAAGGUUUGUUAUGAUUGAAGGAGUGUCAUCUGUCAGGCCGUUUGAAGGGAUGGAGAGACAUCAGCUGGCUUGCGGUAUGUUGCAGAGAAUGUGCGCUCAGCUUGCGAAUAAUAAGGAAAUCGAGGUUUCUGUGUACCCUGAAGAGAACAUUCGCUGCCUCAACAAUGUCACUUUCGAGAUCGAGCUCCUCAAGAAGAACACUUCCGGAAAGCCGAUCGAUGUCGAUUGUGACAAGCUCACCACAUUGAUGAAGGAUCUCUACGGUCGCCAGAUGUUCUGCACCGACCAGCUCCUUGCCUGCAACCUGGAAGGUCUGCAGCUCCGUCUGCAUUGCACGGGCAUGGAGUUCAUCGAGAUCGAAGGCCAGAAAUCCGAGCCGGUCCUCGGCCGUCCCUGCGGCCAGCUCGUGAAGGCGUCGACCCUGCUCUUCAAGAAGAAGAAGGACGCUGCGAUCCGCAUCCAGGGCGGCUCGAGCAGCGGGAACAGCCGUCUCUUCGAGCGCGGCUUCAACUUCCAGGCGAUGGGCAUCGGCGGUCUGGACAAGGAGUUCGCCGACAUCUUCCGCCGCGCGUUCGCGUCGCGUGUGUUCCCUCCGGAAGUGCUGCGCAAGAUGGGCAUCAAGCACGUGCGCGGCAUGCUGCUGUACGGCCCUCCGGGCUGCGGUAAGACGCUGAUUGCGCGGCAGAUCGGGAAGGCGCUGAACGCGCACGAGCCGAAGGUGGUGAACGGCCCGGAGAUCCUGAACAAGUACGUGGGCGAGUCGGAAGCGAACAUCCGCGCGCUGUUCGAGGACGCGGAGAAGGAGCAGGAGGAGAUGGGCGACAACAGCGACCUGCACAUCAUCAUCUUCGAUGAAAUCGAUGCGAUCUGCAAGUCGCGAGGCGCCAACGGCGAUGGCACCGGCGUGCACGACAGCAUCGUCAACCAGCUGCUGUCCAAGAUCGAUGGCGUCGAGGCGCUGAACAACGUGCUGAUCAUCGGUAUGACCAACCGCAAAGACCUCAUCGACCCCGCGCUGCUGCGUCCGGGCCGUCUGGAGGUCCACGUGGAGAUCGGCCUGCCCUCGCACGAGGGCCGCGUGCAGAUUCUCUCGAUCCACACCAACACCAUGCGCAGCAACGGCUACCUCGCCGACGACGUGGAUCUCAACGCGCUGGCCGAGCUGACGAAGAACUUCACGGGCGCCGAGCUGGAGGGUCUGGUGAAGAGCGCGUCGUCCUUCGCGUUGGAGCGCGAGGUGGACAUCAACAACCUCACCAAGGUCUCCAUCGACCCCGAGAAGAUGCGCGUCACCUGGCAGGACUUCCAGCGCGCGCUGCAGGAAGUGCAGCCGGCGUUCGGUCUGGAGAAGGACGAGCUGUCCAUCCGCUUCCGCAACGGAAUCAUCGAGUAUUCCGAGGAGUUCAAGAAGCUGUACGCCGAGCUGAUGACGAUGGUGGACCAGGUCCGCAACUCCGACCAGACGCCGCUCAUGUCGGUCUGUCUGGACGGCAUCCAGGGCUGCGGAAAGACCGCGCUGGCCGCGUACCUCGCCGUGGAGUCAAAGUUCCCGUUCGUGAAGUUCAUCUCGGCGGAUAUGCUGCUCGGCGCCGCCGACAGCUCGAAGGCGGGCCGCAUCUCCGCCAUCUUCCAGGACGCCUACAAAUCGCCGCUGUCGAUGAUCAUUCUGGACGAUCUGGAGCGGCUGGUGGAGUACGUGCGGCUGGGACCGCGCUUCAGCAACGCGGUGCUGCAGGCGCUGCUGGUUCUGAUCAAGAAGAUCCCGCCCACGGAGGGCCGGAAGCUGAUGAUCAUCGCGACGACCUCGCAGCGAACGGCAAUGGAGGAGUUGGGCCUGAUGGACCCGUUCAACGUGAUCAAGGACAUUCCGGUGCCGUACGCGUCGCAGGAUGUCGCGAGUGUGCUGCGCAAGACUGGAGGCAUGAGCGAAGAAGUGAUCGCGAAGGUGUCUUCCGAGAUUACCAUGGGAGUGCCGAUCAAGGAGUUGCUGUUGAUCCAGGAAAUGGCGCGCAGCGAGAGUAAGAACGGCGAGAUCACCUAUGAGAGUUAUAUGGAUUGCUUCCGUUCUGUGCAUCCUGAUCUGUUGUGUGUUUCUUUCAACAAACAUUGCAAUUCAUUUCUAUACUUUGACGCAUUGUUGUAG